GCAUUCUUUGCGCGCGGGCGGUGGGCGCAUCCGCUGGCGGCGGCGGCGGCGUGGGUGCGCGUUGCCGGGCGGUCAGCUGGCCGCGGGGCGAUAAGAGGGCGGGCGGCGGGGGCGCUCGGGGCAAGCUCGCUCGGUCGCUCACGUCUUGCCGUGCUCCUCUCGGCGGGGAGGAGAAGGCGCCCGCUCCGCCAUGGCUGAGACGAUCGCGGACACCCGGCGGCUGAUAAGCAAGCCGCAGAACCUGAACGACGCCUACGGGCCGCCCAGCAACUUCCUGGAGAUCGACGUGGGUAACCCGCAGACCGUGGGGGUGGGCCGCGGCCGCUUCACCACCUACGAGAUCCGCGUCAAGACAAAUCUACCUAUUUUCAAAUUGAAAGAAUCUACAGUCAGAAGAAGAUACAGUGACUUUGAAUGGCUAAGGAAUGAACUAGAAAGAGAAAGCAAGGUUGUGGUACCACCUCUACCGGGAAAAGCUCUUCUCCGUCAGCUCCCCUUCCGAGGAGAUGAUGGCAUAUUUGAUGAUUCCUUUAUAGAGGAAAGGAAGCAAGCUCUUGAACAAUUCAUAAACAAGGUUGCAGGUCACCCACUGGCACAGAACGAGCGCUGUCUUCACAUGUUCUUACAAGAUGAAGUAAUAGACAAAAACUACACACCAUCCAAAAUAAGACAUACUUGAGUUCUGAAACUGUCUUCUCAAAUAUUAGUGGUUCUUAUGCUUGGUUUUAAGAGGUUGUAGUUUGUCUUAGCAUGCUGAGGAUAAACAGGCACGAAGUCUCCACUAACAUCAGUACACUGCUUGAUCUUUGCAUAUGCUUUAUAGCAUUAAAGAACUCACUUGUCUUCUAGCUAAAUCCCUCUGAAUUCUCAAUUUAAGAGUAUUAUACUAUGAGACCAUCCACCCCUUGCAAUGUCUCACAAACCUUUCCACUCUUAUUUGCAAUGACUUACAAUGUUUACUGACUUGGCCUUACUUGAACUCUCACAGUUGUAGUGUCACGUGUUCACUUGUAUUUGACUAAAUUGCUAUGCUGUUUCUGAGGUAGUCAUCUGUCUGAACCUGUGUAGAAAGACUGCUUUAUUUCUGAUACCCUGUGUGAGAAACACUUAUGCAAAUGUCUUCAAGCUUGUAAAACACUUUAUACUGAAGUAAGGAGGGAAUUAUCUUUAUAUUCUGUAAGAGGAAAAAUCAAAUUUAUAUACUAAAGUAACUUGUCUAAAGUUUUGAAAUAAAAGUGAAAAUGCACUUCAAA